AUGUCAACUGAGAAUAUCCCAAUUCUCACUUAUUUGUCCAUUACGAAACAUCCGGAUGGAAAUGUCGCAUUGGAUAAAGAACGCUUGCGAUUUCUUCGUAUAAAAUUCGCUCAGUCCUAUCAAGGCAAUGAUUUAGAUGAUGAUCAUUUACGACGUCAAACAAUCGAACAACUGUUUGCAAAUCUACAUAUUAUGAAGGACACCAUGAGUUUGGACUAUGUUGAUCGUGCUAUUAGAGAACGGUCAGAUUCAGAUGCUGAAUUCGAAAUCCUCGAGAAAUUUCGUGGAAGUGUUCAAUAUCUUGAGCCGAUUACGUCCCCUGAAAAAAAGAAAUCCAAAAAUCCACCAUCUUCAAUAAACCAAAUCGAUGAGAAAAAAGUCAAACUAUUGAAUGACAUAAUUUGCGUUAUUCACAAAAAAUCGCCUCAAUCAGAAAUCAAUGAUUUCAUAUCGGAUUUUCUCUUUCAACAAGUUCAACCAUCAGCCCAAUCAAAAUCUGUUCCUUUAUAUGAUGGAUCAGUUUAUCCGUUGCCUCGCGGUACAAUCCUGGAUUUAUUUAUUCGACAACAAAUGAUCGACCGCGGUACAAUUACUUUUAUGCGUCCUCGAAGUAGAUUUUGUCUUGUUGAACCAAUCAGUCUAACAGAUGAAUUCGAUUCAUGGACAUUCGAUCAUUUUCAUAAUCUCUUCGAUUUUUGGUUAACCAUUGAUUUAACCAAUAAGAACCAUUUUCCGAAUCAAUGGAAAUUGCAUGCAAACGCUGAAAUCAGAUAUAUCAUUGUAGAUCAACUAAGCGAUAUAGAUGCUGAUCAAACAUCAAAAAAUACAGGAAGACCGACUACAAAAUCAUUGGAAAGUUUUCUUCGCGGUAUUUGUCGAAUUGAAGACAACGGAAAGUUCAGUGAAUGGUUUAAAGCUUUGGUAGAAGAUGAAAAUAUACAUACAUAUUCUCAUUUAACAAAUCUCAAUCAAAAAGAAUGGGAUCGAAUUGAAAAGCUGCCUAUGAAUGCAUUGAAAACAAUUAAAUUUUAUGUUGAUCGAGAAAAGCAAACGGUCGAAGAACGAAAAACAAAGCGAAAUGUGGAUUCAAGUCAAAGAAAAGAAGCAUCUUAUUCAAAAGCAGAAAUACGUGCUAAUUUACAUAUGAUUAAAUUAUAUGUUAUUCGGCAAUUGGAAGAUCAAGAUGGUAUCGAAACACUUCCGAAAUUGGAUGCUUAUUGUGUAGAAAAAGCGUUUGAUGAAAUGCGCGAAGAAGGCUAUGAAGAUGAUGGAUUGUUUGAUGAAAUGAAAUUAUUUUUUCAACCAUUAACUAUCACCGAUGAUGAAUUAACGAUCGAUUCGAGUUUAUUAAUCGCAUUAAAUAAAGAGCAACUUGCUGAAAAGAGAAGUUUAGAAGAUGAAAUAACAACGUUAAAUGAUUCCUUAAGACAAGAAGAGAAUUCUCUGAGACAGUUAAACGAACAAUGUGAUACUGCGAAAGAGAAACGUAAUCAAGAUUAUCAGCAAUAUAAACUAGAUUCAAGUAGAAAUGAAAAUCGAUCGUAUCGAAAACAACUUGAAGCAGAUCAAUCGUGGGCGAAGAAAAGUGAUGAAUGGAAAGAAAAGAUUAACUCAGUAAAUAGAAAAAUUACCCAACAUGAAAACAAAUUCAAGGAUAUUGAAACCGAUAAAAUGGCAAAAGAAAAUCUUUUGAAGAUUAUUGAACAAAAUCUGUCAGCCGAUAAUUCGAAAAUCGAUAACAGAUUAAUUAAACUUCACCGAGGUUUUAUAAUGUAUGGACCUCCAGGUACCGGUAAGUCAGUUAUCAUGAGCAAACUAGCCAAGAAAAUCGGUAUUGCAAUGCUUGGACCUCCGUUGGCAGCUGGUGAACUCGAACGUCCAUUAGUUGGCCAAUCCGAGGCGAUCAUUCUAGAUCUUUGUAUGCGUGGUAAUCGUUUACCACACUUAAUGUGUUGUGUAUCGAUCGAUGAAAUCGAUUCACUAGCACCGAAACGUGAUGAAGAUUCAUCAGAAGGCAAAGUUGCAAAAAUAAGUGUUCUACUCUCCGUGAUUGAAGGUAUUAAGGAUGUUUCGAAUCUAAUGUUUUUCUCGGCCACGAACCGUUUGAAUAUGAUGGAUGAAGCAUUUUUAAGACGAAUGUCGGGCAAAUUUUUUGUGGGUCGACCAUCAUCUGAUGCGAGAAAACGAAUUUUAGACGGAAUACCAAAAGUGAUUUUGCAACCGAAUAUUAAAGAAAAAUUAUCAACAGCAACAACAAAUUUCAGUGGAGCAGCCCUGAAAGCAUUGACGAGUGCGAUAACAGUACAUUAUCUUGCGCAAAAACGUUUAAAUAACAAAUAUGAAAUUAGAGAAGAAGAUGCAUUAAUAUUAGCUGAUCGAACAGCUCGUCAAUAUCAAUUAUUUCUCGGUCUCAAUACUUUGCCGCGGUUACUAUUACAUAAUCUUGAUAAUCGUCGACUACUAUCGCGUAACGCGAAUCAUGGUUCUAGGGAUUCAACUGAAUUUCAUUUACCGGAAACAUAUCGUUUUACUGGAAAAAUUAUCAUUAGUCUGCAUGACAAAUGUGUUCGAACUGAAGUGAUACAAAAAAAUAAUCAACGUCAUAUAAUCGAAGAUUCACUAAGAAAAACAGAAGAAAAUCUUCAGCAACUGCUCGAACGUAUUACAUCAUACGGAAAUGAUCGCAAUGUGCAGUUAUUACAGCUAAUUGAUUUAAAUUUACUUUCAUCGAAAGGUGCUUAUGAUGAAAAGAAAAUAUUCGAAACCUUGAAAGAACGGUAUGAUGAAUGUAUGGAAUAUAAACGUUCGAUGAUUGUCUAUGACCUUGAUUCAUUAGUUGGAGUAAAUCAAUCCGAAUCCGAAUCAUCGAUGGGAACAUCAACUAGUACAUCGAUUGUGAAUCAAAGUAUUUAUAUUUAUGUAACGAGUCGUUUUCGCGAAGCAGCCAUUGAAGCAAGUUGUACUGAUAAAAGACAGAAAAAUGAACGAUGGGCUAUUGCUGUUGUACGAGAUCCAUUUUUGUUGAAAAAAUUUACAGCAGAUGUUGAUUUUACUCGUACAAACGAGCAAAUUGAACAAGACGAAGAAGAACAUCGGCGAUCGACGACCACUUUAGUAUGUGUUAAAUGCCGGGAUCUCUAUGUUGAAAGCGAUAAUAAGAUGGGCUCAUGUAAUUAUCACGAUGGAUUUGUUUAUGAUAAUUUAGCACGAGAUUUAAAGAAGUACAAGCCAAGUAAAGCAAUCGAAGAAUUAAAUCGUGAAGAAUUUAUUUCAUACACAAACCCCAAGAAGAAGGAAGAGAUCGAGAAAGGAAAAACGCGAUUUAAAUAUAUUUGUUGUUAUGCAACUGUGCAAGUUGGAGCAGGAUUUAAUGGAUGUAAAAAAGGAAAACAUGGUUUUGGUAAUUCGAAAAAGAAAAAUUUCGAAGGACAAAUUUUAGAUAAGCAAAUGAUCGACAAAUGGGAAACAGCAUGCGAUGAAAAUCCAGAAUAUAAUCAACAAUAUGCAGAUUUAUUUGAUAGCCGAAAAAACAUUUAA